AUGGAUUUCGUCUAUGAUAAGCUCCAGGUUGCAGCUGAUACCCCUGGUACUGCUAUUGGUGAUGUUGAAGGCACAUCUGGUGAUUCUACUACAACUGUCUCAGAUCAGACUCAACAAUCAAACACCCAUGAACGCAAGCAGUCGUCUUCUAUCGAUAUUGCAGCAGACAAGCUUGAAACUGGGAUUGAGAAUGCUUAUACUCGACUAUCGAAUGCUGCUACAAAUACAAAUUGGAGCUCACUAUGGGCGACAGUGAAGAAACAAGGAGAAAACGCUCUUAAGGAGACUACCAAGGAUAUCAAUGCCUUUAGAAAGGAGGUUGGAAGUCUACUUGCCAAUCAGGAUGCCCAGAACCCUGGUUCUAAUACUGGUAGUGGAGAUGCAUCUGAUCUGUCUUCUUCUCAGGAGACAGUAGUCAAGAAGACUCCUACAUCGGCUUCUCCAGUAGAUAGUAAACCCUCGUCAUCUACCAUGCUCUCUGAAUUGACUAAACGUGCUCAAAUCUACAUUGAUACUCUCGAUAGAGAUUUGGAGAAAAUUGAAAAUGCUGCUGGUUCCUACGUAGGCAAAAUUGGUAAGGAUGUCAAAUCAUUUCUUAAAGAUGCCGUUACUGUUGAUGCACCAGGAGUCCUACGAGGAGAUGACGAUUCUGAUAGCGGAGAAGAUGCGCCUGCAGAAAUUCUGUUUGAUGUUCCCGAAGCUAUUCGUACCCAGAUCUAUUCCACUCGACUGGACGCGCAAUUACAUGCUCUACACACAUCUACUCAGCCAUUCCUAACAACCACUACCGAACCCGACUACGAGUCUUUUGCUAAAGAAUUCAAUAUCGACACACAUACUGAGAUUAUUGCUGAAGAUCUAGAUAAGUACAAGCCGUUGCGAACACUUAUGGAGUCUUUGGUGCCCGAAAAAGUCAGUUAUAACGAGUUUUGGGCGAAGUAUUAUUAUAUGAGAAAGCAGAUUCAAGACCAAGAACUAAGACGGAAGAUCCUUGUUCAAAAGGCCUCAGAACAAGCUGGUGAUGAAAAGGAUAUUUCUUGGGAAGAUGACGAAGAAGACGAGGACGACAGCGAAGCUAUUGGUGGUGUAUCUAAAGGAAAAGAACCCAAGAACUCCAAAGCUCCUGCAGCCGCAGUUUCCAAUUCUACCUCUACCAGAUCGUCUACAGAUGGCAGCUAUGAUCUGGUCUCUAAGACCAACUCUACUGUAGACUUGUCAACGACCGAAUCUAAACCAGCAUCCACCAGUAAGGCAAUUGACGAGAAAGACGAUGAGGAAGAAGAGGAUGACUGGGAGUAA